GAGUGGACUAGUCUGGAUGCUUGGCUUGAGCCGUGCUGCCGCUUUUCCCCCCCUGUUCGAACACACCACAAGUUUUCCCCGGCAAGUUUCGCCUCAAAGGACUUAGAAUAAACUGAAGCGGGGAUGGAGGUAUCGAACGCUUGGCUGGGCUGUGUGCUAUUGAGUCUUUUGGGAGGUUCGGCUAUCGGACUGGAGAUCAUUUCCACAGGGCCGACGUCCAUCGAGAAAGCCAGUGGUCAAAGCGUCAAACUGGAAUGCCUGUUUACUUUAGACCCGUCAGAUUCAGGACCGCUCGAUAUCGAAUGGAGCUUGCUGUCCUCCGACAACCAGAAGGAAGACAAAGUGGUAAUCCUGUACUCGGGCGACAGGGCCUACGAGGACUACUACCCGCCCAUGAAGGGACGAGUCCACUUCAAUGCGGCGGACCCCAAGAACGGCGACGCCUCCAUCAACCUGACGGGUCUGAAGUCGUCCGACUCGGGCACCUAUCAGUGUAAAGUGAAGAAAGCCCCCGGCAUUCGCAGCAGAAAGAUGCUGUUGAUCGUCAUGGUGAAGCCAUCCAAGCCCAGGUGCUUUGCAGAAGGACCCACACAGGAGGGCAAAGACAUCCUUUUAAGGUGCGCAUCCAACGAGGGCACCAAACCCAUGCAAUACAGCUGGGAGAAGACCAGCGACAACAAGGUGCUGCCUGCUUCCGCUCUGAUGGACCCCAUGGGUGGCACCAUCAACGUGAGGAACGCAUCGGCCAAAGUAUCUGGCACAUACCGAUGCACUGCCAGCAACCGGGUCGGCUCUGAGGAGUGUGUUCUGUAUCUCAAUGUGACACCUCCUCCCAAUACCGCUGGCAUCAUCGCAGGAGCCAUAAUUGCUGUGCUGCUGAUGCUCAUCAUUAUUGCCAUCAUCAUCUUCUGCUGUUGCCGUGCCCGACACAGGAAGAAGUACGAGAAGGAAAUCUGCAACGAAAUAAGAGAGGACGUGCCCCCUCCCAAGAGUCGCGUGUCGACGGCACGCAGCUUCACCGUGGGCAGCCAGCGCUCUUCCCUGGGCUCCAUGUCGCCUUCCAACCUGCACGAGUACGCCCUGAAGCCCCAGUAUGACAAGAUCCCCUCGUCGGAAGAGGACAGACCUCCGAGCCACACCCCUCGGCCCCCACCCACCGCUCCCAGGAUGGCGGGGCCCAACCUCAGUCGCAUGGGGGCCAUCCCCGUCAUGAUCCCUGCCCAAAACAGGGACGGCUCGAUCGUUUAACACAGCCUCAGUCUUGCAAAGGGACCGUAUGGAAAAGGGGUAGGGUGAAGAUGAAGAUAAAGCUGGAACUGGGCUGACUUAUAAAAGAGACCUUACUGCUAUGAAGACCUUACUGCUGUGGUGCUGAGAAGAGAACAUGAGUUUUGCUGAAUCACACCAGAGCACAUAGACUAUUUUUUUUUAUAUAUCAAUCACAAAUAGUUGGCCCAUGAUUUAAAGAUACCGUAUGUGCAAAACAGAGAAUGGCCCCUAAUUGGCUAAUCUGUACAGCGCUAUGAAUUUACAAUAUGUGUACAUAGAACUACAUCUGUAUGUGUGCUUGGAUGUGCAGUUAAGCCCCAAAAUUGACAACCCGGCCUACGUUUCACUUCGAGUGCGUUUUUCGACGGGUAUUUCGCCAUCGCUAGGAUUCAGACAGGAUGUUGUCGGACGCAAACGACAGACGAAAUAUUUAUCCUUGCAUUACACUUUUUUGCCGUUAAAAAAAAUUAUAAAUCCAAAUAUUUCCAUUUAAUAUUAUGACUUUAUUCCCAUUAAAUUUUGACUAUUAUUACAGUAAUAUUACGUUUUUCCCAAAUUUUUUUUCCAAAAAUUCAAAAGUUUUUUUAUCAUAUGAUGCAUUUUUUUCUUUUGAUCCAGGGUGUACCCCGCCUCUCGCCCGAAGACAGCUGGCAUAGGCUCCAGCAUCCCUCUGAGACCCUCGUGAGGAUAAGAAGUAGAAAAUAAAUAAAUUAAUUAAUAUUACUAUAUUAGUAUUAUGACAAAAAGGAUAAAGUUGUAAUUCUUGGAAAAUUAGGUUGUCGAAAAAGUUAUCAUAUUACGACAAUAAAGUCAAAAUAUGGGAAAAAACAUUUAUAAAUCCAAAUAUUUCCAUGUAAUAUUAUGACUUUAUUCCCAUUAAAUUUUUACUAUUAUUACGGUAAUAUUACAAGUUUUCCCCAAUUAAUUUUCGCAUUUCGCAUUUUUUUUUUGAUCCAGGGUGUACCCCGCCUCUUGCCCGAAGACACCUGGGAUAGGUUCCAACUCCCCCGUGACUCUUGUGAGGAUAAGCGAUGGAAAAUAAAUAAAUUAAUUAAUAUCACCAUAUUAAUAUUAUGACAAAAUGGAUAAAGUUGUAAUUCUUGGAAAAUUAGGUUGCCAAAAAAGUUAUAAUAUUAAGACAAUAAAGUCAAAAUUUAUAAAUAAAUCUGAAUAAAUAAAUCUGAAUAUUUCCAUGUAAUAUUAUGUCUUUAUUCACAUAAAAUUUUGACUACUAUUACGGUAAUAUUACAAGUUUUUCCCAAAUAAAUUUGCCAAAAAUUCCCACUUUUUUUGUCAUAUGACGCAUUUUUUUUGGAUCCAGGGUGUACUCCGCCUCUUGCCCGAAGACACCUGGGAUAGGUUCCAACACCCCCGCGACCCUCGUGAGGAUAAGCGGUAGAUAAUUAAUAAAUUAAUUAAUUAAUAGUACCAUAUUAAUAUUAUAACAAAACAGAUAAAAUUUUAAUUCUUGGAAAAUUAGGUUGCCGAAAAAGUUAUAAUAUUACGACAAUAAAGUCAAAAUAUGGGGAAAAAAAAUUUAUAAAUCCAAAUAUUUCCAUGUAAUAUUAUGACUUUAGUCCCAUUAAAUUUAGACUGCUAUUACGGUAAUAUUACAAGUUGUCACCAAUAAAUUUUCCAAAAUUUUUUUUUUUGUCAUAUUACGCUUUUUUUUUUGUCGAAAAAGUUUUAUAAUAUUACAACAAUAAAGUCAAAAUAUGUGAAUAAAGUCAUUUUUACAAGAAGAGAAAAUGUGAUAAAACGCCUGCUAAGUUGUAACCCAACAUGAAAAAAGGCACAAUUUUCUUAUUUGGGUUAGUUGAUUAAUUAAUCUUUGAUUAAUUUUUGCAGCUCCAGUCCAAUACCUUCAAGCAUUUUGGGUUUGAUUCUGAAACUAUAUGGCUAACCUUUAGCGCGUCGUGUACAUUUGUUGCGUUCAGUCGUAGCAUUCCCGAUAUUCUUGAUUUCUAGUUGGAUGGUUUUGGAAGCUACCGGAUAAGAUCGGGUUUGUUUGUUUUACUUUUUUGGGAAGAAAAAAUUGGGGAGAAUUUUCAUUAGCAAUUGAAGUCGAAAUGUGGUUUUGUAAUAAUUUUGGGCUUAACUACAUUUGUGUUUGAAUGCCUCCGUGAUGCUGGGGUGGUCGUUUUGGUUUGGCGGACCGCUCUUGAUGAUGUUUUGGCUAGCUGGUAACUCCGUGAAUGAACAGUCGAUAAGGGGCGCCAUCAUAAUCCUAUUUAGGUCAGCAUGGGUUUUGUUUGUUUUUUUUUUUUAACCGUCGGGGAGUUGUCCAGUCUGGGGGGGGGGGGGGGGGGGUGGAAAGGGUCACAAUUGGCUAAUCGGGGAGUGGGUGGUUCAACCCGGCCACAGCCCCCGAUUGGGUGGAUUACUGCGUCUUGACCGACUUUUAAAAAAAAAAAAAAGGGAGGGGCCAACAAGGUCCACUGAGCAAUGAUUCCAUUGUGUUUGACUGCCAUGAUGACCAGCGGUACACAAUAUUAAGAAACAACACAAGCACCAAGUGCAGUGGCAGCCCCCCCCCCCCCCCCCCCCCCCCGCUCUUGUGCGGUCCAGCACAUGUAAUCCUCCUUAUGUGCAGUUGCAUUCUCGAUUAACCUUCUCUGCUCGCUCAAUAUGAAACCUGCCACAGCCUCUCUAGCGGGAAUUGAACUUUUUUUUUUUUUUUAAUGAGGCAGAUUAGGAAGGGAAGAAACGUGAUAAGAUUACAGAAGUCUUGCUUUCCGAGGUCCGUGAGGGUGUUGCCUGCAGGCCGGCCCGUAAAAGUGUUCCUUAUUCCGUUCCUUCUUUUGGCCUUAUCGACGACCCCUUUCACCUCCGCACAGCCCCGGCAUCUUGGCUUAUGUUGUGCCUUGUUGUUCCGUGUACCGUGACGCGUAUAAACCACCGCCGCUUGUAAGGUGGCGUUGUGUAGAAUAUUCUAGGGCUGCAACGAAAAUCUGAAGUUUGUGGUUCCGAUUCAUGAGGUCAUUAGUUAUACAGUAGAACAAAAUCCAAGGAUUCGGAGGCCAGUCUUAGGUUUUCUAGACCAGCUCUUGUAGCUAUGCAAUGACGGUUUGUAAGCUUUGUUAGCAGUAACAAAGCUAGCUUUUUUUUUUCUUUAAUAUUUUUUCUCUGAUUUAUUUUUACUUUAUUAUGGUAAUAUAAUUUUUUUAUUUUUAUUAUUUUCAUUAAAUUUCUUUUUUUUCUUAUAUUUCAACUUCAUGCUAUUUUUUUCCUCCUAAUACUAUGACUUUUAUUCUGCUAAUAUUUUCUUUAUUCUUGUAAAACAAAGCUAGCUUUUUUUUCUUGUAUAUUUUUUCUCUGAUUUAUUUUUACUUUAGCAUGGUAAUAUAAUUUCUUUUAUUUUUAUUAUUUUCAUGAACAUUCUUUUUUUCUUAUAUUUCAACUUCAUGCUAUUUUUUUCCCUCCUAAUACUAUGACUUUAUUCUGCUAAUAUUUUCUUUAUUCUCGUUUUAAAAAAAAAAAAUCAAAUUUUUUGUGUUUUUUAUUUACAUUUUUUUGAAUUGGAUUUUAGAAUGUGUUUCGGGCCACCAAAAAACAACCACCGUCCGAAAAUGGCCCCCGGGCCACACUUUGGACAACCCUUGUCCGAGAAAAUAGAUCUGCUUUCAUUCACACGAGAGUGACAUCACAACAUUUAAAAUAAGAUGAAUCGAAACCCCCCCCCCAAAAAAAAAGUUGUUGAUUAAUUUGGUGAUUGAUUAAUCGUGGAUUAAUUGUUGCAGCUCUAUAACAUUCUCCCCACCGCAGUGACUCCAAUCCACUCUGACACGUCACCCAACUCACGCCAUGCAAAUUAAAUAGUUUCAUUUUUUAAUUAGCAAAAAUUCCAAUACAUAUUUUAUUUUUAUUUUAUUAUUUUUUUUUUAAAAAAGUUGUGCUAGUCUUCUGUCCAAGAUUUUUUGCGUCUAAUCCCGAUGUACCGUACGAGUGACUCUCUGCUGUGCUUGGCCGUUUCAUUCAUUUGUGGCAUUUUUUUGCCGUCUUGAAUGGACGCUUGUAGAAUUCUAGUACCGCCCGCUGACACUCUGGCCUCUAGGCAGGUCGUCCUGUUACUUUACUGUCCCUUCCGUGACAACUAACAAUAUUAACGCGGCGUACUAAUAUAUAUGAGGAUCUCCUUUUUUUUUUUUUUUUUUGAGUUUUGCACACUGUAUGAAAACCAAUUAUCCUUUUAUUUUUUUGUGUGUAUUUUUGUGCUGUAUUUUUGGAAUAAAUAAAGUCGUCAAGACACAGAAAAUGAAGAAGUUGUUUCAUCUGAAGAAGCAUCUGCCGGCUUUUCAAGUGUUGCAGGGGCCUCCUGCAGCUUCUUCUUCUGUGAUUAAUUCUAAUUGCUUGCAGAAUUCCACUCUCCGACGCUAGGUGAGGCACUUAAUGUCUAAUUAAUCAAUGAAGGGGGGCAGGAGUCUUUAAUGGUGGCCGACCGGCACAGUGAAUCAAUAUUGGGCAUAUUGAUUGGACGGCUUAGUUGUCAGUCACCUGCUGUAGUGGCUUUUUUUUUUUUUUU